AUGGUUUCCAGUAAUAAGCCGUUAAUAGACUUAACGAGCAGCCUGGAGGUGGCUGGCCCCUCCAUCUUGGAGGUACCACAGGAGCACUUGAGCUCCCUGAGGAAAGGGCGUGAAGAAGCCAAGGCUGAGAGGGAGAGGCAGAGCGAAGACUUGCUGAAGCAGACGGAAGUGGAGAGGCAGAAGAUUGUGGCUGAGUGCAAGGAGCUCCGGGGCUUCCUGGAGGAGAAGGAGCAGCUCCUGCUGUCCCGUCUGGAGGAGCUGGACAGAGACAUCGUCAAGAGGAGAGAUGAAAGUGUCUCCCGGCUCUCGGAGGAGAUUGCCCAGCUUGACAAGCUGCUCAGCGAGCAAGGAGGAGAGAACGGCCCAGGAAACCAAUCUGGGCAGGGUGUUGCCCCAGCUGGAAGCAGCUUUGAGAGCUGGAUGUUUUGCAAGCCGGAGGCUGGCUUCACAGAGCUGGAGAAGAAACUCAAGAGCUUUUCCCAGAAGAGUGCAGUGCUGAAAGAAGUCUUGCUGGAGUUCAAGGAGAACCUCCGGUUCGAGCUGGAGAAUGACACAGGUGAUCUCUCUCUGGACCCAGACACUGCCAACCCCUACCUGGUGCUGUCGGAGGACAAGAGGAGCGUGCGGCUCAGGAGCGCUCCCCAGGAGCUGCCGGCAAACCCCAAGAGAUUCGAUUAUUCCUUCUGCGUGCUGGCGGCGGAGGGUUUUGUAGCUGGGAGGCAUUACUGGGAGGUGGAGGUGGGAGAUGGAGAGAGCUGGGUCCUGGGGGCGGCCCGCGAGUCGGUGCGGAGGAAGGAGAAAAUCGACUUUGCUCCAGAGGAGGGGAUCUGGGCGGUGGGGUUGAACUGGAAGGGAAAGAAUUGGGAUCAGUAUCAGGCUUUCACCUCCCCGGAGACGCCCCUGUCCCUGUGCGAGAGGCCCAGGAAGAUCGGGGUGUACCUGGACUACGAAGGCGGGUGGGUGGCGUUUUACAACGCUGAUAACAUGGCUCCCAUCUUCACCUUCACAGCCGCUUUCACCGAGAAGAUCUUUCCUUUCUUCUGGCUCUUCUAUGUGGGCUCCUCGCUCUCCCUCUGCAAUUGA